GUGGCCUGCUACCACGUCUAGCACGUCCACUAGACAGCAACUUAUUACCGGCAAGGCGACCCUCCCCACAUCUUCCCUGGUCUUUUCGCGGCACGCGCACCUCCUUCCCCCCUCCCCGGGCAGCAAGAACGGAUACUUUUGGGGGGUGGCAGGUACCGACCCGAACUUGGCUUUGGCGCAGGAACGAAUCAUCAAUGUCACCGUCUUUUCUCUAAUUUGCUCUUACCUCGUUUUGACUCAUUUCCAUAUCCCAUAUGAACUUGCCAUCUCUCCACCUCCAAAUUUAUUGCUCCUCUCUCCAAUUUCUAUCUUAUGUCAAUUUCGAUAUCAUAUAACAACACGCCUUUUUGCGCUACCUGAGCUUAUCAUCGCACAGCGCAAACAAUACGUAGCCCUCCCACUCCCGCUACAACCUUCUUCAAGAUAAAGGGUCCUGUGCCUUGCGCUUGGCGGGUCCCAUUUGCGUCAUACCUAGAUCUCGAACUCGCCCAACAUCCCUUGAAUUAGGUCUCGGAUUUGGUCUCACAUUCCCUCUCGAGUCAGUAAAAAGGAAAGAGACAAUCAUAACAUAAACCAAUUCCUCUCACUUCGCCUUCCUCGACUUUUUCCAACCUCUAAUUUCAUUUCAUCUCGACGACUUUAACGACCAGGAACGACUUGCAUCAGCACCAAGUUUUAGGAAAUCGACUAGAACAACUUCAAACGCCCUAUGCCUUCCUAACGAAAAAUCGAUCCCACACUACUCCUCCGAUUUAUUCCACGCUCCACAGUGACAGACCUUCGGCACGCCUUCCAUGAUCAUGGCUGCGAGGUUCACGCCCGAGGCUUUUCUGCCAUCGGGCGCCUACGACUCUGAUGUUGUUCUUUCCCUGAAUAGCCAUCUCCCUUAUCGCAAUACGUCCAGUAUUCCGUCUCCGCCCAACUCGUAUCCUCGAGCUGGAACCCUUCGUCAUCAAUAUCCACAACACUAUCUAAACCCAUGUCAACCGCAAAACCAAGAUUAUAGCCAGAGUCAAUUUCAACGCGGCCGAAUACCCCCCGCGAGCACCCUGCUACUUCAGCACAAAGAUUCAUCUCCUCUCUCACUAGAGUCUUUAAGGGCAGCUCAAUCUGUUCCGCCGAGUUAUCGACCAUUUCCUCAGCAGACCGAAUCUUUCGACACUUUCGACGCUCGUCCCGCGACUGUAUCUCCCACUCACGGAGGCCCGCCUCCCGUUCCAGAAUUCCGCUUUCCGGCAUCAUCUACAGCUCCUCUGCCCAACGUUUCCUCGUCUUCCGGACUCGUUGGUGCAUCCCUCUCAAGAUCUGUUUCGGCAGACGCAGUGGCUGCCUCUCAAUCAUCAGUGCACGUGGUUCAACGCCUCGUGCAGCAGAACCAACUGAUCCGUGAAGCCUGGGAAGCGGAGCGGAAUCAUCUCGAAGCUAAUCGGCGACGAGCUGAAGAGGUCUAUCAAGAAGAGCGGAUCAUCAUGGAUGAGGUCCGGGAUAGCUGGGAGGCCGAGAAGGAGGGCAUGGCCCGAGAAAUCGAAGAACUCAGAGAACGCGUCCAUCGACUUGAAGGAGAGAACAGUGCACUCAAGGCUGUCACAGCGCAGAGUAUCCAGGUUACGGGCGUGGUAUCGCCUCUCGCGAGUCAGCGUGGCGGAAGCGGUGAGGGCUCCAUGGACAGUUCCUACUUCCAAGCUCCACCAGGACGACUCGCGUCAAGGGGACAAAAUCCGACCAUUCCAACUGGUCUGUCCAUGUCCGAUGCGUCAUCUCUUCCACCUGGUCUUGAUGGAGCAUCUCGUCGACCUCACUAUUUCCAGUCAAGCAGCGCUCGAGUAUCUCCCACAACACAGCCCGAAUCAUCACCUUUUGUCCCCCUCGACCCCAGGAUGCAGACACAGAACCCAGUGGCCAAGGACUUCCUAUCGUCCCCUACAGAGGACGUGGUCACUCCUGUUCCAGUCAUUGAUGUUCAAGAAAUUGACCCCAAGUUGGAAGGUAUCCCACUCAAGGCCACUGCGGUCCAGAAGCCCACAUUCGCCGCCGGUGCAUCUCCUCCCGAAAACCCAGCAUCCCCUGUAGCAUCCCCUCCUGGUCCCGCCGCUCGAAGCCCAGAGCAGUCUCGACGCCCCACGAAUGCCCGGGCCUCUUCUAAGGAAUAUACGUUGCAAGCUCUCUCUGCUGUCGAGUCUCGACGGCUAACAAUGCAUGCCGGCCAUACACCCAAUCAUUCCCUGUCAUUGUUCCCUAAAGUCAAUCCGACUGACCCAGGUUCCAUCAUUGGCGAGGCCGUCACGCCUACCGUUGAGUCUGUCAUCAAUCUGGAUGCAGCUGUGGUCGCGGAAGAGGAGAAGAAUGACAGCCUAUCGGUACCUGUGCAAUCUGAUAGGCGCGAUUCCAAGGUGUCUUUUAUAUCUGUUACAGAAGAGCUUGACCCAAACGCACCAGAUCUCAUGAUGGAACCUAGUGGCGGCGACAAAGCUCUCAAGGGACCACUGAUGUUAAGAAACAUGCCAGCCAAAGAUGAGCUCUUUUUUGAAAAACUGCACGAAGCACUGGAGCCUAUAAGCCAAGGACAAAAUGCUCUCCCGGCUGUGAUGCAAGGUCAUGGGCUGGGAUCUAUUGCUGGUCCAUCUGGCUCCAAUGCUCCCACGCAUAUGUCUAAACAGGCCGGUCCAGUCGGCGGGGAUGGAUCUGCUGACGCCCAGCGAGAUGCCGAUGAUAGUGACGGCGAAGGCAGUGGCAAGGCUAUUGAAAUUGACGUUCCUCUAAAGUUGAAGAGCACGUCCAACUUUGGUGCCCCUUUUGGUGCCAUGUAGGACGGCAUCCAAGGAGCCACAAGUUAUCGAGCCUGCAGCUCGAGCUUGUGCAACCAGGUUCCACCGUCUUCGCCGCAAGAUUUGGAGCGUUCUCAAGCAUCCCCUUGACGUCUUACUCACGAUGAUGAAAUGUUUUCGCGUUGAAUGCCUAUUGAGCGGUCUUGAACGCACGUCACGAUUUAUAUGUCUGUCGAAUUUGCGAACUGUCUUUUCACCUCGGGUUGAGUUUUCAAUCAGGUUCAACGGCAAGCGAGCGCACAUGCGGUUUUAUGGGACAAGGGAUAAAAAAAGGAUGCACAUUUAUAGAACAGGAGUAUAGGGGGACUGGUUAUUAUACCUUUUGCGUUUUGUUUUAUUGGGAAUCGCGGAUUCUACAACAUUAUUGUCGCAAUAGCGGUAAACAGUGACGCGUUUAUGAGCUUAUGACAGGAAGGCAGGCUCACUUGGAAUUGUUUUAUGCAAGUUGGAACAUUGGUGGAGGUCUGUGUUUGAAUACCCUGAAUGAUAGGAAGUCAGUGUCGGAAUCGGAUGGAGGACUUGGGCGAAAAUGGGAAGAUGGGAGUUGAGGAUACAUUCACCAGUAGAUAUUAAGGAAAUCGCCUGUGGGCAGUAAGGCAUUCUUUUUUGAUCGGUUCGGUAUCUCUGCUGUGACUUGUUUUUCACAAUCUUCCUUGAUGGCCCCUUUUGUUCAAAGCCUCGACCAAUGUUCUCAUCUUCUCUGAGUCAUGACAUACAUAGUACCGCAUGUCAAGUUGUAUAUCAUCAAAACAUUAAAAGGGUGACAGUCAUCAGGCUGACACAUUCAAGUAAGUAGGCAUACUGUAGAUACCGUUCCGUGUAUUCAUGCUGGAAGUAAAAGAAUCUACACUGUCUGAAUACAGUCGCUACCAUAGAAGAUCUUAACAAUCGAACACCGUCA